AUGACGAUCAGAAGCUCGGACCGACCGGACAACCACCGUCGUUCCUACAUCAGAGCCUGUGUAUUCCGUACAGCUUUCACUAAGCCAUCCAUCUAUAAUCUGAUAGUGCAGCCUGAUAAUAGGACAGUUUCGGAGGAGGACACUUCCUGUGCGUCAGCUCCGGAUGUAAACAUGUUUCUAUGCCAACUUUCCGGUAGCUACAGCAAGUUACCCGUUCUGUUCUUUAUUUGUUUAGCCCUGUGUACGGAAUGCUUACCCGACGAGCAAAGAUUGGUGGGAAAACUCUUUAACAAACUGACUUAUGACAACAGCGUCCGUCCCGUGUUCAACUCGUCCGAGAAUGUUGUUGUCGGUUUCGGCUUCAGUCUCAUACAGAUCAUGGACAUGGACGAGAAGAACCAGCUAUUGAUUACAAACGCCUGGCUUCAGCAUACAUGGAUAGAUGAACGAAUAAGCUGGGAUACAAAAGAUUACAAUGGCUUAGAGGUCAUACGACUUCCCGCCAAAAAGUUGUGGCUACCUGAUGUUGUGCUUUAUAAUAACGCUGACGACUAUACAUCUGGAUUUAUGCCUAUCAAUGCUAUGGUAAAAUACAACGGAGAGAUAUUUUGGUCGCCGCCAACACGCCUUAGAAGUUCAUGUAAAGUGGAUAUAACAUAUUUUCCCUUCGACAGUCAGAUAUGCAAACUAAAAUUCGGAUCCUGGACUUACCCAAAGGCUCAGGUGGACUUAGUAAACAUGAGUGGAUUGGUGGACCUUACCACAUAUACAACUAACGGGGAAUGGAUGCUUAAAGAAUAUUUUAUCACGCGCAACGAAAUCGUAUACCCUAUAGGUAACGAUAUAUAUCCUGACGUGACAGUCAUCAUUGUUAUACAGAGAAGAAUCCUCUACUACAUCCUUAAUAUCAUCUUCCCGUGUUUCUGGCUCAAUGUCCUCAGCGUGUUGACGUUCUGUCUUCCGCCAGAUGCCGGAGAGAAAAUCAGUCUUAGCAUUACCGUUCUGCUGUCUUACUCAGUUUUCAUGUUACUUGUGGCGGAAAGCAUGCCUCCAACAUCAGAGUUUGUGCCAUUAAUAGGUAUUUAUCUGACUGUAUCGAUGGCGCUAGCCUCCAUAUCGGUCAUCCUGACAGUGUUUGUCUUGAAGAUUCAUCACUGCGCUCCUCAUCAGCCUCGAGUACCAAAAUGGGUCAGGAGUUUGGUUCUGGACUUCCUAGGUGGUCUCAUGCAGUGUAAGUGCCUUAAAACUCAAAACAAUCUUGGCAGGAGAAGCAGAGGAGGGGAUAUUCAUGGACCGGAAGAAUCAGAAAUACUCUCUAAACUCAUGAAUGAUAUAGCAGCAACCAAAGACAAUAACAGACGGCGCUGUCAACCUAACGAUUCAUACGUGUCUUCUCAAAGUGAGGCUGGUAGUGUCAUAGCCGAUCUUCGAGGUAGCAGUUUCCUUGCAGAUUUGCGCGGGAGUUUGAACAUGUCGAAUAGAAACUCUUACGUCGAUGACCAUAAUGGAAAUAGUGAUGGCGUGACGGACGGAAAAAAGGGAAUCAUGGAGGAUGUCUUGAAAUAUCUCCAGUGUAUGCUGGCCAAAAAUGAUCAGCAAGACCUCGAGGCCGAAGUUCUUGACGAAUGGAAGCAGGUUGCCACAGUAGUCGACAAAGCUUUGCUCUGGACAUUUCUUGGUAUCACGCUUAUUUCGACACUCAUCAUACUCAUCAUCAUUCCAUUAACAACCUAUUCGAUGACUGGCGGCUUGUAG